CUACACAAACACAUACACCAACAUGGCUUCUAUUUCAAUCAUUCAUUUUCUACUCAUUUCUCUCUUUUGCUCUUUUCUUUUAGUCUCAUCUAGCCACCAACAACAACCCUAUCCCAAACCAAAACCAAGCCACCAACAACCACCUUAUUCCAAAUCAAAACCAAAUCUGUUAGUUCUACCUGUUCAACAAGAUGCUUCAACUGGACUUCAUUGGGCCAACAUCCACAAAAGAACUCCAUUAAUGAAAAUCCCAGUUCUCCUUGAUCUCAAUGGUCAACACCUAUGGGUUAACUGUGACCAACACUACUCAUCUUCAACAUACAAAGCACCCUUUUGUCAUUCAACCCAAUGCUCUAGAGCCAAUGCUAACACAUGCCACACAUGUGUCACUAGUACUGCUGACCGACCGGGUUGCCAUAACAACACUUGUGCACUUAUGUCUGCAAACCCGGUCACUCAACAAACCGCUAUGAGUGAACUGGCACAGGACGUUCUCGCUAUCUAUGCCACAAAUGGGCCUAAAAUAGGCCCAAUGGUUACAAUCCCUCAGUUCCUCUUUUCUUGUGCACCUUCCUUUUUGACCCAAAAGGGUUUACCCAACAACGUUCAGGGCGUUGCUGGGUUAGCCCAUUCACAAAUUUCACUACAGAAUCAACUUUCUUCACAUUUCGGACUCCAACGUCAAUUCACCAUGUGUCUCUCUCGUUAUCCAAACUCAAAAGGAGCCAUACUUUUUGGGGAUGCACCAAAUAACAUGCAUUUUGGUCAGGGUAAUAAUUAUAAUACCAAAAAUAUCCCUAAUAUUUUCAAUAAUUUGGCUUACACCCCAUUAACAACUAACCAACAAGGAGAGUACCGUAUGCAUGUUACUUCCAUAAGAAUUAAUCAGCACACUGUGGUUCCAGUGAGUGGAUCUAUGUUAUCAAAUUAUCCAGAAGGUGUUAUGGGAGGAACAUUGAUUAGCACUGCAAUUCCUUACACAAUUCUCCAACACUCUCUCUUUGAGGCAUUUAUUCAAGUAGUUGGUAAGCAAUACCCAAAACAAGCACAAGUGAAUGCUGUAGCACCAUUUGGUAUGUGUUUUGAUUCAAAAAAGAUUAACCAAGCACUUAAUGUUGAGUUUGUGAUGGAUAAGCCUAAUGUUGUUUGGAGAAUCUCUGGUGAUAACUUGAUGGUUCAGCCACAAAAUGGGGUUUCUUGUUUGGCUUUUGUGAAUGGUGGGUUGCAUCCUAAAGCUGCAAUUACUAUUGGGAGUCAUCAAUUGGAAGAAAAUUUGUUGAUGUUUGAUCUUGCAAAGUCAAUGCUUGGAUUUAGUAAUUCCUUGAACUCUCAUGGAAUGAAGUGUUCUGAUCUCUUUGAUUUCACCAAUGCUCCAUAGAUAUUCUCAUCAC